CGUUCUACACGACCUGCUGGAGUUUGCAGUCCCGCAGGCCUCCUCUCCCGGCAGAGGGUCGCGCGGGCAACCGGGCCCUAGGGCCCCCUCACCCCCCAGGGCCCUUCCCCGCAGCCUGGCUGGCGGCCCGCUCCAGAAGGGCAGCCGGGGCGCGGCGGCCCCGCCCAGGCCAGUCCGGGGCGGGGGCCGGUUCCCAUAGGGAUUGCGGCCGGGGCGGCGGCGAGCGGAGCCGGCAGAGAGGCGGCGAGGCGGGAGCAGGGCCAGGCCGGGCCGCGCGGCGCCGUGAGUCCCGGGCGGGGAAGGCGCGCGGGCCCGGACGGCGGGCCUGGCCGCCACGUGGUGCCGCUCGAGGCUGCGCUGCGCGGACCGGGAGCGGGUGGGCAACCGGGUGGCGCUGGCGGCCGGGCCCCGCGGGGGCGGCGGGAAGGCGCGGCCCCGCUCCCCGCCGAGGCCCGCCCGCGCCUGGGGUCGCCGGGCUCCCCCUUCGGGCGCCUGCCUCGCCCCCGCGGGGACCCGGAUGGUGUCUCCUUGCCCAAAGGAAAUGAGACCCGAAAUUAGAACCGGGGAAUCCCUGAGUCUUCCUUCUCCGUCCUCUAGCAGGCUCAUGUGUCUUAGAUCGGAUGAACUAUAACAUUAAACAAGAUAGAUUAUCUUACAACUCCGUUCGAUUUAGGAUAACGGGUUGCAUUUUAACUUGCAGGGUGUGUACCAGACGAUUAGAAUUGGAUUACUGAAGACGAGCUCUAGGCUGUCAUCCCGGAUCUCGUUGCGGUUGCUGAGGGGCGAGGCUUUAAGGACAGGGGUCGAUUCCUAAUUCUUUAACAAGUGCCCUUCUGUUCUAGGUGCUUGACAAAGACCCAUCGUUGAGUGGGGCUCUAGUACAGUCAGUCUGUUCGUGCCAGUAUUUCAUAAGCGACAUUUUCAAACUAUGUGAAGAUCCAUUUUAAGAUUUAUUCCUCCUCUAUGAUGGAGAAGUAUGAAAAAAUUGGGAAAAUUGGCGAAGGAUCCUAUGGAGUUGUUUUCAAAUGCAGAAACAGGGACACGGGCCAGAUUGUAGCCAUCAAGAGAUUUCUGGAAUCAGAAGAUGACCCUGUCAUAAAGAAAAUCGCCCUUCGAGAAAUCCGCAUGCUCAAGCAACUCAAGCAUCCCAACCUGGUUAACCUUAUCGAAGUCUUCAGAAGGAAGCGGAAGCUUCACCUGGUGUUUGAGUACUGUGACCACACCGUUCUCCAUGAGUUGGACAGACACCAAAGAGGGGUACCAGAACAUCUUGUGAAGAGCAUAACUUGGCAGACAUUGCAAGCUGUAAAUUUUUGCCAUAAACACAACUGCAUACAUAGAGAUGUGAAGCCAGAAAAUAUCCUCAUCACAAAACAUUCAGUGAUUAAGCUUUGUGACUUUGGAUUUGCUCGGCUUUUGACUGGACCAAGUGACUACUACACAGACUACGUGGCUACCAGGUGGUACCGCUCCCCGGAACUAUUGGUGGGGGACACCCAGUACGGCCCCCCAGUAGACGUGUGGGCUGUUGGCUGUGUCUUUGCUGAGCUGCUGUCAGGGGUGCCUCUGUGGCCGGGGAAAUCAGAUGUGGAUCAGCUCUAUCUGAUUAGGAAAACCUUGGGAGAUCUCAUUCCUAGACACCAGCAAGUAUUUAGUACGAAUCAGUACUUCAGCGGGGUGAAAAUUCCAGACCCUGAGGAUAUGGAACCACUUGAAUUAAAAUUUCCAAACAUCUCUUCUCCGGCCCUGGGGCUCUUAAAGGGCUGUCUCCACAUGAAUCCUGCUGAGAGAAUGACAUGUGAACAGCUGUUGCAGCACCCGUAUUUUGACAGCCUCCGAGAAACAGGGGAUUCAGCAAAAGAGCGUGACAGACCAAUAAGGAAGACGCUGAGACAGAGCCGAAAGCACCUGCCUGGGCUGCAGUACCUACCCCAGCUGACUAGCAGCAGCUUUCUUCCAGCUUUGGAUAAUAAGAAGUACUACUGUAACUUGAAGAAACUCAACUCCCGUUUUCCAAACAUUUAAGGAGCUUGAAGAUUGAUGAUGAAAAAGGAA